AUGUCGGUUUAUAGAGGAUUUGCAGCUUAUGAUUAUGGAAGAGAAUAUUUCGCUAUAUUUGUAAGAAGAAACUUUGAAACUUCAUAAAAGUGGUGUGAAGUUAGAAGUGAAUUACAAAAAAAGUUGUAAGAAUAGAAAAAAAAGCCAGAAAACUCAUUUGAAAUGGAAAGUGAAUAUGGAAAUUUCCUUUGUUAAUUUGAAAAGCAAACAAGUUUAUUAUAUCUAUAUAUUAUAGAGUGUUACUUUAUAUUGUUGAGUAAUAAAAAUACUAUAAAAGAGGAAUAAUAGAAGGCUAUGCAAACAGUUAUUGAACAAAUUAAAAAGGUUAACAAUUACAUCAAAGUACGUUAUUAUAAUAAAUAUAGCUAACACGAGAAGAAUUUGAUUAGAAGCUAAAAUAAGAUAUUUUAAAUAUCCUAACCAAAGCAGAAGAAGAAUAUAUAGAAAAAAAUGGAAAUUUAGAUUAAAUUAUGACUUAACAUUCAUAAGAAAAAAAGAAAUUUAGAAAGGAUUUGGCAUAAGUAAUUGAUAAAAAGACAGAGCAUAAAUAAAAAGCAUUUGAAUUAAUUGAAAAAAUUAUUAUCAAACAUAAAAAUGAUGAUUCAGGACCACCUCAAAAGAUUAUAUUUAAAGGCUUUAUGAUGUUUGAUUAUAUUCGACAAUAUUUUUAUAUGUUGAUCAAUAUAGGGAUUCCAAUUAUGUAGAAAUGGAUAAAUGAUAGAAAUGCUAUAUAGAAAUUGAUAUUAGAUAAUUAAAAGAAACCAUAAGAAAUUAUUUAAUUAAAAGGUGAAGGAGGUCAAUUUUAUGCAAAAUAUCAUAAAGAAAAAAGUAUUUAUUUUUUUAAAUACAUAUUAGAAUGCUAUUUCAUUCUAUAUACUGAUGAAUUUGUUAAUUUAAUUAAAUAAUAAGAAGUUCUUGAAUAAAUAUAUUAAUUAAUCACUCCUAAUGAUUAAUAUAUUAAAGUAUAUUUAAAUGGUUAUUUUAGAUGAAUAAAGAACAAAUAGAAUCAAAAUUUUCAUAAUAAGUAAAAGCUAUCUUAGAACAGAAUGAAAAAGUUGACACUGAAUAAAUUGUUAUGAAACUAGAAGGAGAUAAUAAUAAUUAUAAACAAAAGAAUUUAUCUCCUGAAUAACAAUCUGAUAAUAAUGAUCCUUUAAAGUCUAAUGUUACUGGAUCAAUUAAUAAUCAACCAAAGAAUAUUAUGUAUCAAUAAGAUGAAACAAAACCACUUAAUUAAUGA